CCGAAGCUAUAGCUUAGCUGUUCCUAGCUCCCUCACUUCCGCCGAGUUAUCCAUCACCCUCCUCUGUGAAUCUGAUCCUUCCUCUCAUGUAUACUCUGCUGUCCAUCAGAAGCAGCCAUUUUUCCCCUUCUCAUAAUUUCAACAAAAACCAUGACCACCAUUCCCACCACCACCCUUUGGGAUUCUCUGCACCUCUCUCCCUUAAAUCCGGGCAACCUUAUGUAGGUCAAUCUUAUACUAUAAGACCUAGAGAUUAUGGCCCAAAAAUUUUGCACCGAAGUGGAGUCCUGGUCAGAGCUGAAGACGAAGCCAGAGACCUUUCUUCUUCCUCGUCGACACAACAACGGCAGCCACAGACCCAUUCUGAGAAACAGCAGCUUCAGGAACUUUAUUCAUCAUCCAGAGAAUGUGAUCCGCUGUGUUCAGUUGAUGAAACGAGCUCACAAGACCACCCAAAGACAGAUUUUUUGAAAGCACUUGCGAUUUUGGCAGCAGCUGGGACGGGGACAUUGGCAAUAAAUCACUCCUGGGUUGCUGCGAAUCAGGACCUUGCCAUGGCAUUGUUAUUUGGAAUAGGGUAUGCUGGGAUAAUAUUUGAAGAAUCUCUGGCAUUCAACAAAAGCGGAGUUGGACUUUUGUUGGCAGUCAGCUUAUGGGUGAUAAGAAGCAUUGGGGCUCCUUCCACAGAUAUAGCUGUUUCACAGUUAUCACAUGCGUCUGCUGAAGUCAGUGAAAUUGUGUUUUUCUUGCUUGGUGCAAUGACAAUUGUGGAGAUAGUUGAUGCUCAUCAAGGAUUUAAGUUGGUAACAGAUAAUAUUACCACUCGCAAGCCAAAAGUUCUGCUCUGGGUGAUAGGUUUUGCUACUUUUUGUCUCAGUUCAGUCCUCGAUAACCUGACAUCCACAAUUGUGAUGGUCUCCUUAUUGAGAAAAUUAGUACCUUCAUCAGAAUAUAGGAAGCUUCUGGGUGCUGUUGUGGUCAUAGCAGCAAAUGCUGGUGGAGCAUGGACUCCUAUUGGUGAUGUGACCACUACCAUGUUGUGGAUACAUGGUCAAAUAUCAACACUGCCAACGAUGAAGGACUUGAUUGUGCCUUCAGCUGUUUCUCUGGCUGUCCCCUUGGCUCUUAUGUCUCUUACAAGCGAAGUUAAUGGAAAAGGACAGAACUUGCCCAAUGUUUUGUCUUCGGAACAGACGGCUCCUCGAGGAAAGCUUGUUUUUUCUGUGGGAAUUGGUGCUUUAGUUUCUGUCCCAGUGUUCAAAGCUGUAACUGGUUUACCUCCUUACAUGGGUAUGCUGCUUGGACUGGGAGUUCUUUGGAUUUUAACAGAUGCUAUUCAUUAUGGUGAAUCAGAAAGAUUGAAAGUACCACAAGCUUUAUCAAGAAUCGAUACUCAAGGAGUUCUAUUUUUUCUGGGGAUACUUUUGUCUGUCAGCAGCUUGGAGGCAGCAGGUAUUUUGCGGGAAUUGGCAAAUUACCUUGAUGCCAAUAUACCAAACGUUGAAUUAAUUGCAAGUGCAAUAGGAGUUGUGUCAGCAGUCAUAGACAAUGUUCCACUGGUUGCAGCAACGAUGGGAAUGUACGAUCUGUCUUCAUUUCCUCAAGAUUCCAAGUUCUGGCAACUAGUGGCAUAUUGUGCUGGUACAGGUGGAUCCAUGCUAAUCAUUGGUUCUGCUGCUGGGGUUGCAUUCAUGGGAAUGGAGAAGGUGGACUUCUUUUGGUACCUCCGCAAGGUAAGUGGUUUUGCUUUUGCUGGUUAUGCCGCGGGCAUUGCUGCAUAUCUAGCAGUUCAUAAUCUCAGCUUCUCUCUUCCAACUCUGGCUCAGUUUCCGCUCCUUUCCCAUUCAUAAUUGCAAGACUUUGUUGAAGGUGCCAAGAAAUAUAUUCCCCCAGAAAGGGGCAAUCUAUAUACUACAAAUGCGGGCAGGAAGUUGGUUCAGACUGAAGAUAUUAUGUAUUGGACCUUUAAACGCAUGCAGGUAUAGGAGGAUAAAGUCAAAUUUUUAACAAUAGAUUGAUGAAGAGCCGGUCCUAGUCCCUUAAAAAGUUACGGUGAUGCCGGGAAUGAAAGAAUUUAAGUUGUUUCUUGUUUCAGUAUGUAUCUUCUCCAUUACCCGCCACAGUAAUUCCAAUCAGAGAUUGGUGUCUUCAAGUUUUCCGAUA